UGGAACGCAAUCCGAAGUAUCGCGACAUCUGAUUCGCGAUAUGACGGGACUUUGCAUGUCACGUGACCCGGACACCUCUUGGCGCCGCGGCUUCCUUUACGGUCAACAGGGUUCCGCGUGAAGUGAAUAAAGACAUGGACGUGCUGAAGAUCGAGGAAGUGAUCGUGGGUACCAACGUGAUGAAGACCAACCCAGAGAUGAAGUCUGAGUCUUCUGCGACGUCCCAGUUGCGAACUUCGGAGGAUUGUGACGAUCUGCAGUGUCCGCAAUGUCUCAUCACCUUUGUCACCACCAAGGCCAGGCAGAACCACCUGAGGAGGACUCACCCGGAUCAGUACACCAGGCAGCUGAUGCAGAACAACACAUUGUUCUCGUGUUACAAGUGCGAUAGAAUUUUUGCUUCCCCUGAAGAACUCAGCGUGCACCGGGACAUCCACCACCGGACCGACGACAUGCCCGUCUGCUCCUCCUGCCACAAAGUGUUUCCGACCUUCAGUAGUCUCUUCAGGCACAAGCGAAAGGGCUGCGUGAAAGGCGUGUGGCGCUGCCGAGACUGCGACGUGCGCUGCCGCAGCCUCCUCCACUUCCACAUGCACUGCAUCGACGAGCACGACCGGGACGUGGUAGCUGCGGCGAAAAGCGGCGGGCGCCUCUGCUCCAUCUGCUGGCGCCACUUCCUCACCGACGAGGCGCUGCACAGCCACCAAGAGAGGGUCGACAACGCCGAAGUCAAACUAUCCGGUAAGCGCCACCUGGAAGCCAAGACCAGGAAGGCGGGCGGCAAGAGGAAGAAGAGGAUUGAGGAGGAAGAUGACGAUGAGGAGGACGAUGACAAUGAGGAGGAGGAGGAGGAGGAGGAGGAGGUGGAGGAGGAGGUGGAAGAGGAGCUGCAGAUCCCGUGUCCCGAAGCAGACUGUGAUCUGGUGUUCCCUUCCAUUGAUGCACUGAGGGCACACAAGAGGAGCCAGCACCCCCCGCCGCCUUCAUCUUCACUCAAAAAGCGCUGACCACGGCAUAAAUGCCAGUCUGUACAUAACUACUUUUUCUUUUCGACGCCACGGCCUUCCUCACUACUACACUUGACAGCAAGCUUUUUCCUCAUCAGCGGCCAUUUUUGAUACUUUCAAGUUCUCGAAAGGCCAUUUUAAAGUUCUGUAAAAAAGGAUGAGCUUAUUAUUUUAUUUGAGCAUUUGUGAGUGCAUUGUUUUUGAAAAGGAUGUUGUAAAAUUUACUAGUAAUUCUACAAUCAAUAUUUGACUUGACAAGUUCUUUGAGGUUAAUAAACAAUUGUCUGCAGUAA